AUUUAUAUUAUUCUCUUUUAUCGAAGGUUUAAUGCUUGCUGAGCAAAAAACCUGAAACCUAAGGAAAAAUCAUAAAAGAAAAAAAUGCACCCAUUGUCUUCAAUUCGACAGCUUCGCCAUUCUUCUACUUCAGUAUUGCUUCAACGCUUUAGCAUCUUCAAUUGGGUGUUUCGAGCUUCUUCCAACCGCCCUGCUUUUCUCGGAGGUUUAAAGAGUUUCAGUGCUGGUGCACAUUCUUCUGAGAAUGUUGGAACUCCGGAGAAGAAUUUUGAUCAACAGACAAUGAAGGAUAAUGUCUCUGCUACACGUGCUUCAACUUUCCAGAAAUUUUUUGGUCCUUUAGGUGCACAAUCUACUGGUCAAACAGAUUUCAGGUCAGGCGGGAAUUACAGGUCUAUGGAUGUUUUGAGGGAAGCAAUAGAUGCAGAUAGAAUGGCAAACUUUAGGGGUUCUCAAUUUCGGCAAGACCAUAUCGAGCAAAACGAACAUUUUGCACACAUAAAGAUCAUGCGCAACAAUACCUUUGUCACCGUGACGGAUUCCGAUGGAAAUAAAAAAUGUGGAGCCUCGGCUGGAAUGUCAGGACUUUUAGGAGGCACGAAAGUAUCUAAGUAUGCUACUGAAGCAGUGGCAGAAUAUGCUGGGCGCAAGGCAAGGAAAAUGGGGAUUAAAUCGGUUGUGGUGAGAGUGAAAGGCUUUACCCAUUUUAAGAAGAAAAAACAAGCAAUUCUUAGCUUUCGCGAGGGCUUUAAGAAUCCUAUUGUCUUCAUUGAGGACGUCACUCGUCAUCCACAUAAUGGAUGCCGGCUUCCAAAGAAGAGACGAAUCUAACUUCCUUGCCUUCUCUAUCUAGACGGCUUGAUAGAGGCCGUGACGGCAUGUUGGUUGAGGUGUUGCCAUGGUAUGCUGUUAUAUCAACUCAAACGUAUUCAUGUUUUUCUAUUAUCAGUUACUUUAAAUUAUCCAUAAAUUUACUGGUUUGUCUGAUACACUGUUUGCUUGCCAUCUGAUUUUGAUGAGUUAGUUGUUGGGAUUAUAUCUCUUACAAAAUUGUUAAUGCUUCAUAUGCAGAAGAGUUCAUGUUCUUUAUCUGUCUUGUUUAUGAUUUUGAUUUGUUGAACCAUUGCCAGGUCUUUAAAGAACAAA